CCACCUCUCUCGACCGCCCUCUUCCCCCCAAAAUGUCUCGAUUUCAGGGUCUUCGCGACUAGAUGGAUAGAUAUUGUUGUGCUCACAUGUAAAUUGUUCCUGUAUAUCCAACUUCCUUCGUUUCUAUAUCCAUCCGGACUGGCCAUGGUCAACAAGAGCCAUGUCGAUCCAGUCCACUGAAUCCCUCGACCGCGAGGAUGCCCCGUUUCUGGCCGCCAGCGACCCCAAUGACCCCCGUACCGAAGAAGCCCGCAAGCACGAUGAAGAUGAGCCCGACCACCAGGAGGAAGUCAGUGCAGUCAACAAGAAGAUCCGCUUUCGACUCAUGGUCACCCUAUUCGCGAUGCUCAUCGCCGUCGAAGUCGGCAUCUGCAUGAGCAACGGCCCGGUCACCCGCAUCUACGAGUCGAUCGCCUGCCGGGAGUACUAUUCGCACUACGAUCCCACGCAAAUCGGAGCCAAUGGUCAGGUCGACGAGGAUUUGUGUAAGAUCAAGGAGGUCCAGCAGGAUCUGGCCGCCGUGAAGGGGUAUAUGGAGUUCUUCGAUGGGACUUUGAGUGCUUUAUUGGCUAUUCCCUAUGGUCUGAUGGCAGAUCGAUAUGGACGGAAAUCCACCAUUUGUCUGAGUAUUCCCGGUUUCGUCCUCAAUUGCCUCAUGCAGCUCGCUGUGAUGUGGUUUCCCGAUAUCUUUCCCCUGCGCACUGUGUGGGCAUCGUCGCUGGCCUGGCUGCUGGGUGGUGGGCCUGUCGUGGCCUUUGCGAUCAUCUGGACGAUGAUGUCAGACGUGUCAACCGAAGAAGAACGGGCGGCGAUCUUCUUCAAAUUCGGUGUGGCAGGUAUGGGCGCCGAUUUCGCAUCUAGCGCUGCCAGCUCGUGGCUGAUGGCCCUCGAUCCGUGGCUUCCAUUGUUGCUGGGAUGGGGUCUCGCUGUCAUCGGCAUGUUUUUCGCCCUGUCCUUACCAGAGACCAUGAGUGCAUUCCCAGCGCGUGGGCCGAAGAAAUCGGCCAACCUGGAAUUGGGGCAGAUCUUUGCCGGCAACGGCAAUUCCGAAUAUAAAACCGUCCCGACCAAAGAGCAAGACCAGGAAGUAUCUAGCGAUGACGAGGACACUGCUCCCGGCGAGUCGUACGCCUAUGAGAAGAGCGGUGCUGGUACGACCAAACGGACCUUCUUCGCCACGCUGAAGCGUCGAGUCUAUGCCUACUUUGCUCCCUAUUCAUUCAUUGUUCAGAACCGCCAGAUCAUGCUCCUUCUGUCGGCAUUUCUGGUCUACCGACUCAGCCGCGGGUCGUCCUGGUUCCUGGUCCAGUACAUCUCGACUCGAUUCAAGUGGACCCUCGCGGAGGCCAACUUCCUCAUGUCCUUCAAGCCUGCCCUCACCAUCCCGCUGUUCCUCUUCGUCCUCCCCGCCAUCUCGCGACGCUUGCUGAAGACGAUGAAGCCGACGCAGAAGGACCUGCGGCUGAUGCGCAUCAGCAUCGGGUUCCUGGCCGUGGGGACCCUGGGGAUUGGGCUUUCCAGUCAUGUCUUCAUGUUGAUCCCGAGUUUGCUGCUGCAGACUUCCGGGUCCGGGUUCGUCUUUCUGACGCGGUCGCUGAUCACUACACUAGUGAAACGCGAGGAGACGGCGCGGCUGUUUACGAUUAUCGAGGUGCUGCAGUCGAUGGGCAACGUCAUUGCUAGUUUAUCGAUUACGACCGUGUUCCAGAUUGGACUGGAGCUGGGCGGGCCUUGGAUUGGCCUUGCGUGGAUGAUGACCGCCACCGCGUUUACGCUGUCAUCGUCGGGCAUCGCUCCCUUCCUUCCCAUCCCUCCUCAACCCGCCAGCUACAUUCAGAUCCCCGUCCGCAUCCUACUGUUCUGGAUCCGACUGCCACUAUUUGUGUUUGCUUGUCUGAGUUAUUUCCUGGUGCUGCAAUGGCUUCCGAUCGGAUCGCUUGGCAAGAAGGCGUCUUUGUGGUGUAUCCUGGGGAUACCUAGUAUAUGGUGGAUCGAUCUUCAGGUUGACGGUGUUCGAAAAGGAUCCCUCCACAAGCAACACCAAAACCGCCUGCCCGGCCCAGGCUCCAUCAUUGCCUCGUCCUUCACUUCCCCGAUCGACGCGGUCUACCUGGCGGCCAUCUUCGACCCUAUCUUCACAGCGUGCUACCCCAACACCUCUGACGUCGAACAAAUCUCUCUCCUCCAAGCGAUCCUCCGCGCCUUCGGUGCCCCGCGCCCCAACGCGCCCCCGAACACGAAACUCACCACCCUCGACGCGCUCCUCAGCAAAUACCCCGGCCGCCCCAUCGUCACCUUCCCCGAAUGCACCACCACCAACGGCCGCGCCAUUCUCCCCCUCAGUCCGGCCCUCCUCACCACCCCACCUUCGACCAAUAUCUACCCUGUCAGUCUCCGUUAUACUCCGGUGGACGUGGUCACCCCGCUGCCUGGGAGCUACUUAAGUUUCCUGUGGAACCUGUUGAGUAAACCCACGCAUUGUAUCCGCGUCCGUAUCGCCGGGGGCGUUACCCUUUCCACCGACGCUUCCUCUUCUUCAACCGGUGUGCAGACGGGAUUGGGCCGGAAGACCACGUACGACACGAACUUCCUGGACACCCUCAACACCUCCAGCAGCAGACGCGGCGCCUCGUCUCCCCCAGAGGCACUGGUCGUCCCGGACGAAGUCCUCCUCGACCACGUCGCGGACUCGCUGGCGCGGCUGGGCCGGGUCAAGAGGGUGGGGUUGGGCGUGAAGGAGAAGGUGGACUUCGUGCGUAUGUGGACGCGGACGCGGUGGAUUUGGUAAGAUUGUUCUUUGUGUUGCUCGAAGAAUGUGACGUGUAUGAUUGGUACGAGAUGGUAUAUCCCGGGAAGUAUGUUGUAUGUAUUAUUUUCCUCUCGCUCUAUUUUCCUUUGACCAGGUGGGAUAUCAAUGUGGAUGGAAUAGGGAGUAUAGGUUGACUCGAGUGAACGAGAUCAACUGAUUAAGUGACACUAGCGGCUAGUGGUAAAUAGAGGUUAUUCUUAGGUUGUUGUCCCAUGUGUUAUUGGUGGGAUCACGGGUAGUUUGUUGCUAUGGGUGAGAUGUAUAUAUAGGAUUGAUGGUUAGAACUGGGGUUCAUUCUUAGG